GCUUUCGGCGCUGUUUCUUUCUCACUAUUUGUUUCCAGAUUUAGCCAACGCUUGAAUUCUCAUUUCGAUUCCUCUGUGAACUAUUCACUCACUUAUAUCACACACGGACUCUCUCCACUUCUGAAUUAAACACCCCACAUUGGUUUUUCCUUUGCGUAAUCUCUCUACUCCAUCAUCCACGUUUCGACAACACAAAGCAAAACUCCUGUUUGGCGAUUCAACCAAGGCCAUUUUCCUUUUUCUGUUGAAGAAGGUGCAUUUGAAACACAUUGUGUAUGAACAUUACAGAAGGGAAUUGAAGAUGCAUGUAAGACGGUAUUGAGCUUGACUUGUGCAUCUUCUAUGCUGUCUAUUGUGUUAGAAAAUAUGGGCUCACUCUGCAGCAAAAGCCGGCAUUACAAUGAAGCAGACAAUGAAGAGAACGCACAGACUGCAGAAAUUGAAAGGAGAAUUGAACAAGAAACGAAGGCUGAAAAACAUAUCCAGAAACUUCUCCUACUAGGUGCUGGGGAGUCAGGGAAGUCCACAAUCUUCAAGCAGAUAAAGCUUUUGUUUCAAACCGGCUUCGAUGAUGCAGAGCUCAAGAGCUACAUCUCAGUCAUACAUGCCAAUGUGUAUCAGACCAUAAAAAUAUUGUAUGAUGGGUCAAAGGAGCUCGCUCAGAAUAACAAUGAAACAUAUGAAAUCUCCAGUGAAAAUCAGGAAAUUGGAGAGAAACUGUCAAAAAUAGGUGGUAGAUUGGAUUAUCCACGUCUGACUAAAGAGCUUGCACAGGAGAUAGAGACUCUUUGGAAAGAUGCCGCAAUUCAGGAAACAUAUGCUCGGGGUAAUGAACUCCAAGUUCCUGACUGUGCCAACUAUUUCAUGGAUAAUUUACAAAGAUUAGCUGACUCAAAUUAUAUUCCAACCAAGGAGGAUGUUCUUUAUGCAAGAGUUCGUACAACUGGUGUUGUAGAGAUCCAGUUCAGCCCGGUUGGAGAAAACAAGAAAAGUGGCGAAGUAUAUAGACUCUUUGAUGUUGGAGGCCAGAGAAACGAGAGGAGGAAAUGGAUCCAUCUAUUUGAAGGUGUUACAGCUGUUAUAUUUUGUGCUGCUGUUAGCGAUUAUGAUCAAACACUCUUUGAAGAUGAAAGCAAGAAUCGAAUGAUGGAAACAAAGGAACUUUUUGACUGGGUCCUGAAGCAACCUUGUUUUGAGAAAACGUCCUUCAUGCUAUUUCUAAACAAGUUUGACAUAUUCGAGAAGAAGGUUCUAAAAGUGCCACUUAACGUGUGCGAGUGGUUCAAAGAUUACCAGCCAGUUUCAACAGGAAAACAAGAAAUUGAACAUGCGUAUGAGUUUGUGAAGAAAAAGUUUGAGGAGUUGUAUUUUCAGAGCACCACCCCGGAUCGCGUGGACCGAGUGUUUAAGAUCUAUAGAACCACUGCCCUUGAUCAAAAGCUGGUGAAGAAGACUUUCAAGCUUGUGGAUGAGACAUUACGACGGAGAAAUCUGUUCGAGGCAGGCUUGUUGUGACCAGGGAGGGACCAUUUUUCUGGGCAGUAAAAGAUUGUAAUUUGAACAAGCAACAUCACAUUUUGUGCACUCAUAUUCCUUGAUUUUUAGCAUUUAAUUUUCCAUUAAAUCUUGUUCCGAUUAUGAGUGUCAAGACAGAUUUUUAAGAUAUAUAAGUGAUCAUUAAUAUUU